AUGGCCGUAAAAGCUCUCAUCUCCACCCUCGAGGAUGAAAUCCUUGAUCCCGAAGAGGAAACCUUCUUCCUCUUCUCCCACAACAUCCCAUCCUCGAAUCUGGGCUUCAUCGACCCAAAAGCCACAGAACUUUCCUUGACACUAGCGGGCAGAGACUUCACGAUCCACCAGUCCCCUACGGUCCUCUCAUCGACCCGCGCCGGAGGCACGACCGGGGCCGUCCUUUGGAAAAUAACCCCCCUCUUCGCAACCUACCUCUCCUCCCCAACCUCCCCCUUCUCGCCAAUCUUCACCCCGUCCUCCACAGUCCUCGAACUAGGCUGCGGCAUCUCCCCGCUGACAGCCCUCCUCCUCGCCCCACGCAUCGCCCGCUACGUCCUGACAGACCAGCCCUACGUCGCGCGCAUGAUCCACCAAAACCUCGAGGCGAACCCCCUCCCAAAGUCCCCGUCCUCACGCCGUUCACGAAAAGCAGCAAACACAGCAACCUCCUCUUACGCCUCAUCAUCAACGACAACACCGUCGUCGCAAACCCCGGGAACAAUCGACUUCCGCCCCCUGGACUGGGAACUCGACACCCCAGACGCCUCCCUAACGGGCUCCGCCCUCGCCCGCAGUUUCGACGCCGUCGUCUGCUGCGACUGCAUCUACAACGAGGCCCUCGUCGAACCCCUCGUCUCCACCACCGCCGACCUCGCCCGCCUCCGCCUCCGCGCCCAGCAGGACGACAAGGCUGACAACUUCCCGUCCUCCUCCUCGGCAACGACGACGCCGGACCGGCCCGAGCCGUGCGUCUGCAUCGUGGCGCAGCAGCUCCGCAGCCCCGACGUCUUUGAGGAAUGGAUCGGCGCCUUCCAUCGCGACUUUCGUAUCUGGCGCGUGCCGGAUGAGUUGCUCCCUGCGGGAUUGAGGAUCGAGUCUGGCUUCGUUGUUCACGUCGGCAUCUUGAGGGAACCUGAAGUUGAUGUCUGA